CCCCUCGCUCCUUUGUUGUAUUGAACCGGGUAAUCAGUUGCCACACAGUGGGUGAGCCGUCGAUGGCUGGACCUGCAACCAUGUCUGCCAAUUCUAUAUCCUCUUGUUCCUUUCGAUUAUUCGCUUCUUCCCGAAUCCCACGCUCUCGGCUUUGUCAAAACCUCUUCUUGCAAUCUUCUUCUUACAAGCUUGCCUUCUUCAAACCCAUCACGUUCGAGAGAAUCCCUGCGAAACCAUCGGCAACGCCGCCAUCUGCACCAUCAACCUCUUCUUCUCUGCAACCCCUUGAAGAGCUGCCUCCCAAACUCCAGGAAAUUGUCAAGCUUUUCCAGUCUGUGCAGGAACCCAGGGCCAAGUACCAACAGCUCUUGUUCUACGGCAAGAAUCUCAAAUCCCUCGAUGCGGAGUUCAAGACCAGGGAGAACAAAGUCGAAGGAUGUGUCUCCCAGGUUUGGGUGAGGGCCUUCCUCGACCCAGACAAGAAUGUUUUCUACGAAGCCGAUUCCGAUUCCGAUCUUACUAAGGGACUCGCCGCUUUGCUCGUUCAAGGGCUUUCGGGUCGCCCAGUCGCUGAGGUUGUCCGAAUUUCGCCAGAUUUUGUGGUGCAUCUGGGGCUGCAGCAGAGUUUGACUCCGUCCCGGAAUAAUGGAUUUUUGAAUAUGUUGAAAUUGAUGCAGAAAAAGGCACUUCUAUUGUACGUAGAAGCUGAAAAAGGUGGUGAUGUGAACCCUAAUUCAAAUUCACAGUUGGGAAGUAAAAGUUCUGUUGAGAAUUCCGGCAAAGGAGAUUCUAUGAGCUCAAACGAUGGAUUGAGUUCUGAGAGUGAUAGUAAUAAGUUAGGGUCGGACAAGAAGUCCUCGGAUAUUACUGAAUUGAAUUCUGGUAUUCUGGGAAGCAGAGGAAAGAGGAUCAAGGAAAAGUUGGAGAAGGAACUUGGUCCUGUUGAAUUACAAGUUGAAGAUGUUUCUUAUCAGCAUGCAGGGCAUGCAGGUGCUAGAGGAAGCGAUGGAGAAACACACUUCAACCUUAAAGUUACAUCUAAAGAGUUUGAGGGGAAGAGUUUAAUUAAGAGGCAUAGGCUCAUUUAUAACCUUUUGCAAGACGAAUUACAGUCUGGGCUGCAUGCUUUGUCAAUUGAGGCAAAAACACCAUCUGAAGUCAAUAGAGGAUGAAAAUUUGUAUUGCUAU